CGACUUUGGCCGCCAAGGUAAAUAAAGUCUUUUGUAACCAAAAAUAUCAUACAUCCUUUUCUUCUUUAAGUCAACAACAAUGAAAAUGUCCCGAAACGGUAGCAAGCACAAGUAGAAUGUAUCGUUGAUGGUUUCCACUGGAUCCAAACGUAUUAGCUUCUUUAUUAAACACCUUCAAGAGCAGCAAGAAAAUUCUUUAACUACUUACCCUUUCCUUGUCUAUCUAAUGUCACAAAGACCCUACCCUCUACAAGGAACAAACCUGACCUGACCUGACCUGGCUCAACUUGACUUACGAGUUGAAUUGUUGGAUGCUUUCUCGUUUAAGCAGUUUUAACGUAUUGCGUUAAACCAGAUACGAAGGGAAUGGAGCGUAUUUAGUAAGUCCUGGACAACAGGCAAGAAGAGCAAGGGGCAAAAAAAGAGAAAAAACACCACCUUGCUGAAUGGAGUGGGAGGAAGUGACGGAUUUCGAGCAAAUCCAAUAUCAGAAAGGAUAUGACGAGGGAACUGCUGUAGGACAUCAGCAAGGACACGAGGAGGCGUUUUUAUUUGGCUUGGAACACGCGUACCAAAAGUUUCUCUUGAUCGGUGAAAUUUAUGGACGUGUUUGUGUAUGGCUCCAAGACGAGUACGUUGAGCAGCCAAAAAUUAAAAAGGCAAAGAAACAUCUGGAACAGUUAAAAGCACUAUUGGACGCUUUGCCCUUUCAUAAUGAAGUCGAAAGUACAGAAGUAGGUUUCGACACGUAUUGGAAUCGGAUCACUGCUAAAACAAAAGUCGUCUCUAGCCUUCUAGGUACUAGAAUAUUGCCCCUUGAUGCAGAACAAGACAAUGAUGGCUUCCAAUAAAUUUAAAUCUGUUUUGCUGAAGUUUGUUGCUUUCCAAUGUUGUAACUAAGUCACAUCCACAUCUCAAUCUGCUAUUGUUACUAAACAAUGAGCUUCAAGCAUACGUCUCUAUUCAUCUUAUACUGCACCUCACUCAUGCAUACACGAUCCUACAUUCCAUUCCCUCCAGCUGCUUAAUCAGUUAACUAAUUAUCCAUCACCAUUCACUGGAUCAAUUUCUUGAGACUUCUUAGAUGUUUAAAUC